UUCUAUUCUGGCUGGGAAGGCUGGGGCUCCUCUCAGCCAGGAGACUGAAGUGCUUCAGUGAACGCUGGCUCAUCGCCGCCCAGCCUCUCCCAGGGAGCCUCCUAGCUCUAGUAAAGCAACCCAGAGCCAGGAGCAGUGUGCAGGGUGGAAAGGUCUAGCCUAGCUGGUGUGUUUCUGAUCUUGCUUCUUUUCUCUCAGCCCUUCCUACUUGUGCGAGCCAUGGAGCAAAGAGGUUGGACUCUGCAGUAUACUGCUUUCACCCUCUUUUGCGUUUGGUGUGCACUGAACAGUGUAAAAGCGAAGAGGCAGUUUGUCAAUGAAUGGGCGGCGGAGAUACAUGGAGGGCCAGAAGCUGCUUCUGCCAUUGCCGAAGAGCUGGGCUAUGACCUCUUGGGUCAGAUUGGAUCACUUGAAAAUCACUAUUUAUUCAAACACAAAAAUCAUCCUCGAAGAUCCCGAAGAAGUGCUCUUCAUAUCACUAAGAGGUUAUCUGAUGAUAAUCGUGUGAUAUGGGCGGAACAACAAUAUGAAAAAGAGAGAAGAAAACGUUCAGUUCCAAGAGACUCAGCAUUGAAUCUCUUCAAUGAUCCAAUGUGGAAUCAGCAGUGGUACUUGCAAGACACCAGAAUGACUGCAUCUCUGCCCAAGCUGGACUUGCAUGUAAUACCUGUUUGGCAAAAGGGUAUUACUGGCAAAGGAGUUGUUAUUACUGUACUGGACGAUGGCUUGGAGUGGAAUCACACAGAUAUUUAUGCCAAUUAUGAUCCAGAGGCUAGCUAUGAUUUUAAUGAUAAUGAUCAUGAUCCAUUUCCCCGAUAUGAUCCCACAAAUGAAAACAAACAUGGAACAAGAUGUGCAGGAGAAAUUGCCAUGCAAGCAAAUAAUCACAAAUGUGGAGUUGGAGUUGCAUAUAAUUCCAAAGUUGGAGGCAUAAGAAUGCUGGAUGGCAUUGUAACUGAUGCCAUUGAGGCUAGUUCAAUUGGAUUCAACCCUGGCCAUGUGGAUAUUUACAGUGCAAGCUGGGGCCCUAAUGAUGAUGGAAAAACUGUGGAGGGGCCUGGCAGACUAGCCCAGAAGGCAUUUGAAUACGGUGUCAAACAGGGGAGACAAGGAAAAGGCUCCAUUUUUGUCUGGGCUUCAGGGAAUGGGGGUCGUCAAGGAGAUAACUGUGACUGUGAUGGCUACACAGACAGCAUUUACACCAUCUCUAUCAGCAGUGCCUCCCAGCAGGGUCUGUCACCCUGGUAUGCAGAGAAGUGUUCCUCCACACUGGCCACCUCCUACAGCAGUGGUGAUUACACAGACCAACGAAUAACUAGUGCGGACCUGCACAAUGACUGCACAGAGACCCACACAGGCACCUCAGCUUCUGCACCUCUGGCUGCUGGCAUCUUUGCUCUAGCCUUGGAAGCAAACCCAAAUCUCACCUGGCGAGAUAUGCAGCAUCUGGUUGUCUGGACCUCUGAGUAUGACCCAUUGGCCAAUAACCCAGGUUGGAAAAAGAAUGGAGCGGGCUUGAUGGUGAACAGCCGAUUUGGAUUUGGCUUGCUAAAUGCCAAAGCUCUGGUGGAUUUGGCUGAUCCAAGAACUUGGAGAAACGUGCCUGAGAAGAAAGAAUGUAUCAUAAAAGACAACAACUUUGAGCCUAGAGCCCUGAAAGCUAAUGGAGAAGUGAUUGUUGAAAUCCCAACAAGAGCUUGUGAAGGACAAGAAAAUGCUAUCAAUUCCCUGGAACAUGUGCAAUUUGAAGCAACAAUCGAAUAUUCUCGUAGAGGAGACCUUCAUGUCACACUUACUUCUGCUGCUGGAACCAGCACUGUACUGUUGGCUGAAAGGGAAAGGGAUACAUCCCCCAAUGGCUUUAAGAAUUGGGACUUCAUGUCUGUUCAUACAUGGGGAGAGAAUCCUGUAGGCACCUGGACAUUGAAAGUUACAGACAUGUCUGGAAGAAUGCAAAAUGAAGGAAGGAUUGUGAACUGGAAAUUGAUUUUGCAUGGCACAUCUUCUCAGCCAGAACACAUGAAGCAGCCUCGUGUAUACACGUCCUACAAUACUGUCCAGAAUGACAGGAGAGGAGUGGAAAAGAUGGUGAAUGCUGUGGAGGAGAAGCCCACACAAAACAGCCUGAAUGGCAAUCUCCUGGUACCCAAAAACUCCAGCAGCAGCAGUGUGGAAGACAGAAGAGAUGAGCAGGUACAAGGAGCUCCUUCAAAGGCAUUGCUAAGGCUCCUACAAAGUGCUUUCAGCAAGAACACACCUUCAAAGCAAUCAUCAAAGAUUCCAAGUGCUAAGCUCAGUGUCCCUUAUGAGGGUCUCUAUGAAGCCCUGGAAAAGCUCAACAAGCCCUCCCAGCUUGAAGACUCUGAAGACAGUCUGCAUAGCGACUAUGUUGAUGUUUUCUAUAACACAAAACCUUAUAAGCAUAGAGAUGACAGGCUGCUGCAAGCACUCAUGGACAUUCUGAAUGAGAAGAAUUAAAAUAAGUGUAUAUGGCCUGAGCUAGAAAUCCUUAUGUACCCUCCUUUUCCUUAGAUGUUCCUGGGUCUGGAGUUGUUGUAUCCCUGGUUCCUGUGAUUAUAAUGUCCUUCAUUGUAAUUUUACUUUUUCUUCUCAAACUGUACUUUUGGAGUGAGUUCCAAAAUGAAAGCCAACUUCAUAAUUGGU